CCUCCAGCUCAGAGACCGGCUAGCCGCCGUACGAGACACACAGCUCAGUUCAGCGCCUCGCUCGCUCCUCCACGCUCUAUACUUGCGCCCACAGCUCGAAAAGAGACUUUGAAAAUUUUCGCGUGUGACGUUAGCACCUACUGCUCCUGCUACUACGACUACGACUCGAGCAGCCCCAUGGAAGUGAAUUUUGUGUAAAGUGAUCGAUCCGUCGUACAUGUCCUGCACGCCGUUCGUGUUCUGUGAAAGAAGAUCACGCGCAGUCACGUUGGAUCCGCCGACGAGACUAGAGCUCCUGUGAAGCCACCAGGAGUGCAGCCACUUUGCCUUCUUUCGCCCGACGUCGAAAGCAGCCGGCAACAUGCUCGUUGACGAGAUGCCCCGCAGCUUCAUCAAGAAGAACAACAGCUACAGCCACUGCCCGCUGAAAAAGCGGCCGGUGAAUGUAGAGCUCGCCGAGGACGUGCCGAAAACCGAGAUCAAAGAAGAAAUGAUCGAGGUUGUCGACGAUGUCUCCGAGCCGGAGAACUUGAGCACCAAGCCCGAGGACCUCAGCCGCUCGGCGCCCAAGCGAUCGCGCUCGCCGUCGCCGAUCGCCGUCAGCUCGCCCGUCCACUACCCCGUGCUCAAGCGGUCGCCGUCGCCGAUCUGCGCCAGCACGAGGUCUCCCUCGCCAGUGGCCCAGCACCCGAUAGCGCACAUCCCCAGCUACCAGCCGCAGCAGCACCACUACCCGACCAAGGCGAUGACUCCGCCGGCUGCCAUCGCGCCCGUCCACCCCGUCGCCAAGAAGGCCCGCGUCGAGGUCCUGCAGCACGACAACGCCUCUGCCUCGGCCGCUAUCGGCUCGCCCAUGCACUUCAUGGCCGCGAGCAAGUCGCCGCUCGAGCCUCUUAACCUCAACAGCCCGGUCGAGCCCCUGGCGCACUACGCCAGCCCGGCCUGGGCGAGGGCCGCCCACGCGGCGCCGCUCUACCCGCCGCACUACUUGCCCUACCCGGCGGCCUACCGCUACCACCACGCGGCCGCCGAGCUCUACCCGGCGUACCCGGUUGCGGCGUACCCGCACUCCUCGCCGGAACACCAGUCCGUGUCGCCGUCGCCGCCGCACGCGGCCCUCACCUGCCAGAGCAUCCAGCGGCCGCUGGCCAGGAGCUACGCCAGCCACUGGUCCAGCCCCGACCACUGCGGCCUCUCGCCCACCAGCUCGCUCGGCAGCUCGGCCAUGCGCUCGCCGCCGCCAGUCACCCCCGAGGACCUCUCCUCGCCCGGCAGCGACAGCGGCCGCUCGUCCGCGGGCAGCACCAGCGCGCCCGGCUCCAUGAUCGUCAAGCUCGACAAGAGCCCCGGCGCCAGCUCGUCCUCCUCCUCGAACGGCUCGUCCUCGCCGCGCUACCAGUGCCCCGACUGCGCCAAGUCCUACUCGACCUACUCCGGCCUGUCGAAGCACCAGCAGUUCCACUGCGCCGCCGCCGAGGGCCAGACCAAAAAGACCUUCACCUGCAAGUACUGCGAGAAGGUCUACCUGACCCUGGGCGCGCUCAAGAUGCACAUCAGGACGCACACACUGCCGUGCAAGUGCCACCUCUGCGGCAAGGCCUUCUCCAGACCGUGGCUGCUGCAGGGGCACAUCAGGACGCACACCGGCGAGAAGCCCUUCAGCUGCCAGCACUGCAACCGCGCGUUUGCCGACAGGAGCAACCUGCGCGCCCACCUCCAGACGCACAGCGACGUCAAGAAGUACUCGUGCUCCUCCUGCAGCAAGACCUUCAGCAGGAUGUCGCUGCUGACCAAGCACCAGGAGGGCGGUUGCCCUGGGGUUGCCGUGCCCAUCCCUUACGGCUGCUGACCUGCCGCUGUGUGACCGUUCGAGUGUGACAAAAACGGACGCUUCGAGCAGAUUGACAUGUGCCUUACGCGAUCAAGUACAAACGACCGGGAGAGAGCUCGCGCGCACUCGCCCUGUAAAUAGCCGCGAGAGAUAUUUUUUGUACUUAUAUAUUUGCGGUGCGCGUCGAUCGAGUCUCCGCGAGUGCGAGAGAAGAGUUUUAUAUCCGACACUAUUACCCGCGAGCCUCGCGCGGUUCUACCGUGAAACUGCCGUGCCAUGUACAACCGUUUCCUUUUUUCCGCUCUUGCUCGAAAAUUCGAUUCUUUCCUCUACAUUUCUUUCCUACCUUCUAGUAAUUUAUGCUUUAGUUUGUAAAACAGAG